CCCGCAUCAUCCUGCGAGCCUUCCCCGCGCGGGCCCCCGACCCCCGCGUCCUCCUCCUCCUCCCCCACCGGCGGUGGCCCGGAGAGCGCUGCGCGGGCCCGGCCGCCUUCUCCGCCCUCCGGACCCCGAGGAGCCAGCAUGCUGGUGAUACCCCCCGGCCUGAGCGAAGAGGAAGAGGCGCUGCAGAAGAAAUUCAACAAACUCAAGAAAAAGAAAAAAGCAUUGCUGGCUCUCAAGAAGCAAAGUAGCAGUGGCUCGGCCAGCCAGGGUGGCGUCAAACGCUCACUGUCAGAGCAACCUGUGGUGGACACGGCCACAGCAACGGAACAGGCCAAGCAGCUGGUGAAGUCAGGAGCCAUCAGUGCCAUCAAGGCUGAGACUAAGAACUCAGGCUUCAAACGUUCUCGGACCCUGGAGGGGAAGUUAAAGGACCCUGAGAAGGGGCCUGCCCCCACCUUCCAGCCGUUCCAGAGGAGCGUUUCCGCUGACGAGGACCUGCAGGAGUCGUCCAGACGUCCCCAGAGGAAAUCUCUGUAUGAAAGCUUUGUGUCGUCCAGCGAUCGGCUGCGGGAACUGGGACCAGAUGGAGAAGAGUCAGAGGGCCCCGGGGCUGGUGACGGCCCACCUCGAGGCUUUGACUGGAGCUACGAAGAACACGGUGGUGGCCGCUCCUCAGCCUCCCCUCCCCGAAGCCGCAGCCGGGACCGAAGUCAUGAGAGAAGCCGAGAUAGGGACCGCGACAAAGACCGCGACAGAGACCGGGAUCGAGAUAGAGACCGCGACAGAGACAAAGACAGAGACCGCGCCGACAGAGACAAAGACCGCGACAGAGACCGGGAGCGAGAGCGCGAGGGCCCUUUCCGCAGGUCAGACUCGUUCCCCGAGAGGAGGGCCCCUCGGAAGGGCAACACCCUUUAUGUGUAUGGAGAGGACAUGACGCCCACCCUGCUCCGAGGGGCCUUCUCUCCCUUUGGGAACAUCAUCGACCUCUCCAUGGACCCGCCCAGAAACUGUGCCUUCGUCACCUACGAAAAGAUGGAGUCUGCAGAUCAGGCCGUAGCUGAGCUCAAUGGGACCCAGGUGGAAUCCGUGCAGCUCAAAGUCAACAUAGCCCGCAAACAGCCCAUGCUGGACGCUGCCACUGGCAAGUCUGUCUGGGGUUCCCUCGCUGUCCAGAACAGCCCUAAGGGGAGCCACCGGGACAAGAGGACCCAGAUUGUGUACAGUGACGAUCUGUAGGAGCCCUGUGGAUAGCUUCAUGGACACGAAGCUGGACUCCUUGUGCCUCAUACGCCUGCCCCCAAGCUGGUCUCAGUAAAACUCAGGGCAGAAGCUCA